GUGAGUGGCAGCGCUGGGCGCACACACGCACACUUGUUGGGUCGCAGCGAUGUCGUCUCCGCUGGAGAAGCCGCAGAUUAUUGCGCACGUCCAGAAGUCUGUGAAUUACACCUUAUUCGACUGCAAAUGGAUCCCGUGCAGCGCCAAGUUCGUCUGCCUGGGCAAUCUAGCGAGGGGGAGCGGGAUCAUGCAGAUCUAUGAGAUCCAGCACGGCGAGGCCAAGCUCAUCCGAGAGAUCGAAAAGCCAAAGCCCUUGAAAUGUGGAACAUUUGGAGCCAGUUCACUGCAGCAGAGAUACUUGGCCACAGGUGACUUUGGAGGAAAUCUCAAUGUCUGGGAUCUGGAAGCGGCCGACACUCCGGUGUACUCUGUGAAAGGCCACAAGGAGAUCGUUAACUGUAUUGAUGGCGUUGGAGGCUUAGGGAUUGGGGAAGGAGCUCCAGAGAUUGUAACCGGAAGCCGGGAUGGAACUGUGAAGGUUUGGGACACGAGGCAGAAGGACACCCCGGUGGCCAAUAUGGAACCAGUAGAAGGAGAAACCAAAAGAGAUUGCUGGACUGUGGCAUUUGGUCAUGCGUACAACCAGGAGGAGCGAGUCGUGUGUGCCGGCUAUGACAACGGAGACAUUAAGCUGUUUGACCUGCGCAAUAUGUCUUUAAGAUGGGAGACCAAUAUCAAAAAUGGGGUCUGCUCUCUGGAGUUUGACAGAAAGGACAUCAUUAUGAAUAAAUUAGUUGCCACCUCCUUGGAAGGAAAGUUUCAUGUCUACGACAUGAGGACUCAGCAUCCUACGAAAGGUUUUGCAUCAGUGACAGAAAAGGCGCACAAGUCUACCAUCUGGCAAGUGCGGCAUCUGCCCCAGAACAGAGAUGUCUUUAUGACGACAGGAGGAGCUGGAAGUCUUCAUCUUUGGAAAUAUGAAUAUCCUGCUCAAAGAUCUCGGAAAGACUCUGAUGGGGUGGACAUGGGAGUGGCGGGAACGGUCAGUCUGCUUCAGAACGUCACUCUAUCCACACAGCCCAUCUCGAGCAUAGACUGGAGCCCCGAUAAGAAAGGCUUGUGUGUCUCCACAUCAUUUGACCAGACUGUCCGAGUGCUGAUCGUCACCAAGCUCAACAAGCUGUGAUUUCAAGAUUCUGCUGCAGAGACACUUGGAUCCAUUUUCUACACAUUUUCUUUCCGUUCGGGUGAAGCUUUUAUGUCUGUGAAACCAAAAAAGAAAAAGUUCCUUGUGACCAUUGCUGCCACCUUAAUAUUAAAAGGGAAAUGGAGGACCACCAAUGGCUCUAUGACAAGUCAGAAGAUAUUUUUUAAGAGGUUCUCCAGCUUUGAAACAUUUUUUUGAAGCCCACCCCUCCCUGCCGGAUCUGUGGAAGGAAACAUAAUUAGCUGCUUCCUGCGCACUAGUUCCCUGCUUGACGGGGGUCACGUGUCACUGCAGGCUAAGACCGGCCCCAGUGGUUACGUGUCCCCCCAAGCAGCACGUGACCCAGUGCCAGGCAGUGGGCAGCAGGUAAGUAUGCUUCCCUCCACAGGUCCAGCUGUGAGGAGGGCUGCCGAAAAUUGUUUUAAAGCUGUAGUGACUAGUGUUGAGCAAACUUAUAUUUUCAAGUUCGGCGUACAAGGUUCGGGUUAUCUAAGAAUUUCAUUAUGGAUUCCGCUACCACGGACCAUAAGUUAUGGUCCGUGGUAGCAGAAUCUAUAACCGAAUUCUUAGAUCACCCAAACCUUGUAAACAGAAGUACGCUCAUCUCUAGUAGUAACCCUUUAAGGUGGAUUUGUGCUUCAAAUUGGUUUACAGUGUGAACAGCUCCCUAAUCACCAACACUAAAGAGACCGUCUGCUCGCCUGUCAUGUCUGUUUUAGUAAAUACUUGCAUUCUCAUCUCCUUUGUGCUGUUCCUCUGGUAUUCCUCCAGAAAAUAUAUGAAAAAAUUGAAAACUGGGUGUUACCAUUCCCCUUGUCAAUAGAGUGUGUUCCUACACCGUCUGGUGUUGGUGUCAGACUGGUUGUCAAUUUUAUUCUGUUAUUUCCAAAAGUAAUAACAGAGGAACCUGCUUCAGAACUGAUUAUAUAUUUCAUGGGGCUAGUGUUAAAGGAACACUCUGGGCAAACUGAUGUAUUGUGUUGUGACUAGUCCUGCGGGGUCCUGCACCAGGAGUAACACAAGUGCAUCCAUUUUCCCCUCAGGUGUUCCUUUAAGAAGGUUAUGUGAGUAUAUAUGAAAAUUCUAAUAUAUUUGAUUUGAUAGCCCCCUUGAUAAUAUAAGUCUAUAAGCCUCCCCCCUGUCAAAAUGGAAAAGGACCAAUCCCCGUGGUGCUUACCCAGCCGUCAGGAUACACUGAGAAUCUGUGCCGGAGUGUAACCCGCCAUUCAGAAAGCAGAUUCUUCGUUUUUAGUAAAUUCAUUUCCACAGUUUAGAUUUUAUUAUAAAGUAUGUGGUUUAUAAAGUCGUGUAGCUAAUUUUGUAUAAAGAAAGUGCCUGAAGUAUGAAUUCUCUGAGACGCCAUAAUGUCCAUAAAAUCUAAUCAACCUCAAGUACAAUAACCUAGAAAAUGUAGUUUGCCGGUCUCUCUCCGCUCACUGCCCUCCAGUCUGGAACUCUGGAUUGACAAAUAAGGGUGCAAUAUGUGGCAAAAUAUGUGUUUAAAUCACAGUUUUGUGUUAAAUGUAUUUUUUUUAUAGAAUUUCUGGUGUUUUAAUUUUUUACUUUGCCAUGUCACUAUCUACAUUUAAAAAAAAUAGUCUAUAAUCCUGCAAUUUUCACACUGGCCACCAGGUCUAAUAAUAGGUCAGGAUUUCCUGUUCAGUACAGGUAACUUUGCAUAAUCAUUAUCACCACAAGCUGGAUUACAAUGACAACUAACACCUCUGUAUAGGUAACACAGAAUACACCAUUCACAAUAGCUGAUAUCACAGCUCAUCUACUCCCUCCCGACCUCUGCACAGGUCACAGAGCAUGCCUAGAAAUCUCUCCUAUAGAAGUCAGUAGGAUCGGCUCCUGUCCAUGGUGUCUAUGGCCCUUGUGGCUGCUCUGAAAAGAACAGGAAGUCUUGACAUAUUUUAGGUCUAGUGGCCAGUGUGAAAACUGCACAAUAUUAGUUUUUUAUUGUCUUUUUUUUUUUUUUUUAUUAUAUGACAUAUUGACAUGGAAAAAAUUUAUAAAGUGUUUAACAUAAAGAAAGACAUGAUUUAGACAAUAGGUCACUUUCUGAUGACACAUUCCCUUUAAUGCAGGUUUGGAACAUUAGUUUUGGAGAAGGAAAAUGACAGCGAUUUAGAGGUCUGGCUGGGCUGGCUAAUGACUAUAGAGUGACAGUGACCUAAGGCAUGUUAUCUUGGACAGAUGUAUUUUUAGAAAUAUAUCUAUGCACCUGGAGAGAUUCAUGUUUUACUGUACAGCUGGCUGUAUACUGCAUUUCUUCAAUAAUUUGACAUUUAUUUGCUCUGACAUGCUUGGGGAGCUGCAAGUUCAGAGCUCAGUGGGUGUUCCCUGUGAAGCAUGCCCCCCUAUUAAACUAUUAGUGCUCCAACCUUCUGUCACACUCACAUGGAUGUGCAAGCUCAGAAGUCUCCUCAGAGAUGUAAAACAUGCUGUGUGUGAAUAAUACUGACCUCCACAGGCUACAGACGUCUCUAUGAUGCUGAGAAGGAUAUUACAAAUAAUGAGGGGUAGAACACUGUGCAACAUUUAGACAGUCUAAAGAUGUGCCAGAUACAGUGACUGGUGCUCAUAAAUAUGAUGCAUCUCUAGACUGUCUAGUGUUAAGUUUAUACUACCUACUAACUGGCUUAAAGGGGUUGUGUCACUUCAGCAA